UCAGAUGAUGGAAGCCUCUAUGUGAAGCUAAACGGGAUUGGGCCUGACUGGUACAUCAAUGGAGAGCUUCAGGAACAGCAGACCAUACUAGGAGGUCAAAAAAAUGCCCAGAAGAAGGCAAUAGGAAACCACUUCUAUGAUGUUGCCCAUAAAACUAUUGUUUUCCGUGAAGUUUGACUUGAAGGAGACUUAGAAGUACAGCUUCUACUUGACAGGAAUGUGGAAGGCAGACUGCAAAGAAGCUGCUAAAUGUACAUAUUCAGCACUUGAAGAAAUUCUCAGGGAAUCUCAAAUCCCAACUGCUUCCAAGAAAGCCAAGGGACUAGGGAUCUGCCAGCCUCUUCCUGUUCCUCAGAGCAAUUGGUGUCAAGGUAUGCCCUCUGCUGCGAUGGAUUACUGGUAGGGAAAUGCCCAAUCAGUGGAAGUUCUCUGCAGCAUGCUGAGGAGACGUAACCUUCUCACCACACUUCUGAUUGCUUUGCCAUGGGGUCUUCUCCUAACUUUGUGGCAUCAAUAUCCAAACACCCGUUAUCUCAGCCUUUUAAGAAAAGAAACAGAUGAAAAUGGCACAGCCAAGUCACUCUUCAAUGGGACAUCUCUAGUGAGGGAGGAUGGGUUUGCAUCAUGCACUCGGCAGCCAGCCAUUGGGACAGCUCCCAAAAUAAUCCGGAACUAUGUGUACUCCAGGCCUCCCCCAUGGUCAGACACAUUGCCUGCCAUAUUUGUGAUCACACCUACCUACACUCGACCAGUACAGAAGGCUGAGCUGACCCGAUUGGCGAAUACUUUCCUUCAUGUACAGAACCUACACUGGGUGGUGGUAGAAGAUUCUCCUAGAAGAACCAAUCUGGUGUCCAAUCUACUGGAGAAAGCAGGGAUCCAUUUUACUCACCUGAAUAUUGAGACUCCUAAGAGUCUGAAAGUAGGUUUGUCCUGGAUUCCAUCUCACACUCCCAGGGGCACAUUCCAGAGGAACCUUGGACUGCAUUGGCUUAGGGAAAGUUUUAGCACCAUGCCAGCACCUGAAGGUGUAGUAUACUUUGCAGAUGAUGAUAACACCUAUAGCCUGGAGCUAUUUGAAGAGAUGCGCUACACAAAGAAGGUAUCUGUCUGGCCAGUUGCUUUUGUUGGUGGUCUCAGGUACGAAUCCCCCAAAGUGAGUCCAGCAGGCAAAGUGGUAGGUUGGAAGACUGUGUUUGAUCCUAACCGGCCUUUUGCCAUCGACAUGGCUGGCUUUGCCAUCAGCAUAAAACUGAUUUUGGAGAAACCACAGGCCAGUUUCAAGUUGGAUGGAGUGAAAGGAGGCUACCAGGAAACUAGUUUAUUAAAGGAUCUGGUGACAAUGGAUGGACUAGAGCCUAAAGCUACCAACUGCACAAAGGUUUUGGUCUGGCACACAAGGACUGAAAGGCCAACCCUAGUUAAUGAGGGCAAACGUGGAUUUACAGACCUAAGGGUAGAAGUGUAGAUAACUUGUUUUUUGCUGUAAGUAUAAGAUUUUUGCUGCCUCUCAAGAUUUUUCUAUAACUUGCAAGGAGUUCUUCAAACAACUUCAAUGUAGGAUUCAUUUAAUAUGCACCAAUAUGCAUCUUUGUCUUUGAUAAGUGUAUGAAUGGUUUACUGUCUCAUAUCAGUCCUGGUCUGCCUGUAGUACUAUAUGAAAUGCUAUCAAAAUGUAUUUUUGAAUCCCACUCUUAAAGUCAGAAUUCGGGCCCAGGCAUGGAGUUCCUUGAUUAGGAUAUUGUUUUAUCUCUGAUUGUCUGCAUGGUGCUAAUCCCUGCUUAUCUUGGUCUUGGCUUUUCUAGCUUUUCUGUUUCCUUCAUAGCUUUUUUAUUGCCUCUUUUCAAUAUUGUAUAAUUAAGGCUUGUUUCUAUGUGUCUAUUGAUUUGUCUGAAUGUCAAGCUUCCAGGAAUUCCCUAGCAGUUUUGAACCUAUCUUGAUCUAAGAGUUACCAAGAGUCAUCAAACUGCAGCAGAUACAAAUGCAAUAAACAAGUAGGCAGCUGUUAUCAAUCAUUUGUAUUUCUUAAAAUAAUUUAGGGGAGUUAUGUGGAGACUGGGGGAUAUUUAGAAAAUAAAAAUGAUGAUGAAACCCAUACCUUACUUUGCUUCAUGCAUGUUCACAUUUUUAAUAGCUAUUAAUGAAAUAUGUUUUAAAAUUGCAUAAUCUGGGGCAUGGAGCCUUCUAGGCAUACAAGAGGACCACAUUUGGAGAUCUAGUGUUUCUCCCAUCAUCAAGUUGUCUACAACAUACAUUAGGAUACAUUGAAGAGUACCAAAAUAUCCUGAAGUAUAUUAUUAAUCUUGUUCCUCAGUUCACAGCUUGUUGCUAUAUGCUUUUCUUCAAUUAUUUUAAAAAUAGCUCUCCGAUUUAAAAAAUUGAAUGUCCUUUUUUUCCCCCUUCCUAGUGUUUUUCCUACAAGUGCAGAGUCAAUUUGCGUUGAUCCAAUGGUUGCAACAUGAACUGGCUGGCUUGUUGCCUGAGCCUGGCAUCAUGGGCUGAGAGAGAGAGAGAGAGAGUUUGGCCCAAAGUCAUCCAGCUGGCUUUCAUGCCUAAGACAGUAGUACUAAAACUCACAGUUUCCUGGUUUCUAGCCAUUACCCUAAAAUGUUAAGUACAAGGGCUAGCUAAUGUAGAGUCAGGAUAGUUUCCCAUCAUAGAUCAUCCUUGGUUAAUCUAGUUCAAAGUAUGUGCUAUCCAGUUUUUCUUGUAACUGUUUAUAUUCCCUAACACAAAG